UCUACACACAACUCCCAUACAAGAGUUUUACCUGCUUGACCAUUGUGAUACAGUGUUGAACAAACUGAGAAACCAUAGGUUCUAAUUUUUAUUUGUGAAAUGGAUUCAGCCUUACAGCAGUGAUAUAUACAGAUUUACCAACAGCAUGAAUCAAGAAAAGUUAGCCAAACUUCAAGCUCAGGUCCGGAUAGGGGGCAAGGGGACAGCUCGCAGGAAGAAGAAGGUGGUACAUAGGACAGCUACUGCUGAUGACAAAAAGCUUCAAAGUUCACUAAAGAAACUGGCUGUGAACAAUAUAGCUGGUAUUGAAGAGGUGAACAUGAUUAAAGACGAUGGAACAGUUAUUCAUUUCAAUAAUCCCAAAGUCCAAGCUUCCCUCUCCGCUAACACCUUUGCAAUUACUGGUCAUGCAGAAGCCAAACCAAUCACAGAAAUGCUUCCUGGAAUAUUAAGUCAGCUUGGUGCAGACAGCUUGACGAGCCUUAGAAAGUUAGCUGAGCAGUUCCCACGACAAGUAUUGGAUAGUAAAGCACCCAAACCAGAAGACAUUGAUGAAGAGGAUGAUGAUGUUCCAGAUCUUGUAGAAAAUUUUGAUGAAGCAUCGAAAAAUGAAGCUAACUAAAAUCCUCUGGGUUUUGGAAGCUGGCAUGGACUAGAUUUAACAAUCAGCUUUGUUGUUCCAAAGUUUUACAGACAUGGAGAACAUCACUUGUUAUUAGUUCAGUAAUAUAAAUAUUUUGUAUAUUAAUGAUGCUGUUUGCUCAGCAUUUCUCGGUCAUUUGAUUUUGCAUUUUGCACUUCUUCCCAGGAUCUAUUCUUUUGGUCAAAAUAUGAAGUAUUGGUACGGUUUGAGGGUGUUUUUUGUUUUUUUGGUGGGGGGGAACUUUUGGUGUGUAUGUAUAUGUAUGUGUGUGAGUAUGUGUGUACACAGUGGACAGCAGAUUGGAUAACAGUUAUAUCUAUCCUAUUCCUUCCCCCCAAUAGAAAUAAAGCAAAUCUUUACAUUU